AUGCCUCCUUCCCAACGCGGAGUCACCUACGAGCCCACCGCAACCUACCUCCAACCGACCAACCAGCACUUCCGUCUCGACCUAUCUCAAUCCUUUGGCCCUUCCUCCGCUACCCCUGUCUGGGCCAAUCUUACCUCGGACUUCUCGCCGUAUCAGAGGUUUCAUUCUGGUGCUUGUGUCCCCGGGCAAAAGAAGUUUCUGACGGUGGGGAAUGCGGAUACGGCGAAUGCGGGCGGGGCGGGGUUUAUGAUGGCGUAUGAUAUGGACAAGGGGACUUGGAGCGCGGUUGAGAAGGCUGUUAGUCAGAAUACGGGGCCUGCCGGCAAUAGUGGUAACAAAGGUGGAAGAAUCAGUGGAGCAGGCAGGACUAUGACCGGGUUCGCACUCGCCGUCAACCCCACAACGGGAUUACCCAUCCCCAGCACCUCAAAUGCCGCCCUCGGCGUCGUGAUCGGCGGAGGUUGGAUCCCUCAAAAAUCUAGCACUACUCCCUCAGUCCUGGCAUCCGGUCUAACCGGCCUCGUCACCGAAGCCGACUUAAUCUCUAUCGAUAAGAGCGGCGAUGUAGAUGGAAGCUCGUUUGUGUGGAAUGUUGCACCGCAGGGAGGGAAUGGCGGGCAGAAUGUGAAUGCGAAUUUGGGACCGGUUGUUGGGGCGAGGGUGGUGGUUGUACCGGGUGGGGGCAAGGCUGUUGUUAUUGGUGGGGUUGUCAAGGGUGGGAAUGCCGGUGUUGGGUCUGGGAUGCCGUUAGGGACGCUGCCAGUUGUUGAUAUGGCGACUGGAGCUGUUACUAGCCAGAAAACUAUAUCAGCAGCGCCUAAUGGAACUCCUACACCACGAUACGGACACUGCGUCGCUCUGUCGACGGAUGGAAACACAAUGUACAUGUUUGGAGGCGCAUUGGCACCGAGCGACAAGGUCACCAACGACAUCUUUGCACUAGACCUUACGACCUGGACCUGGUCACAGCCAACAAUUGCAGCGGGUGUUAUCACUCCACCACCAGUCCGUGACCACCAAUGCAUCAUGGUUGGCAACCAACUCUUGUCCCUACUAGGAUUCAACACCAACGGCGCACCUGCAUCUGCGACCCCUCUCGCUCUCAACACCAAUGGCACUGACUCUCCCAUUCCGCCACCACCAGCCAUCUACGUCCUCUCGACAUCUGCUUGGUCUUGGUCCACCCAGUUCACAGCGUUACCGGGCACGCCUCGUCCUCCUUCACCACCUUCAGUCCCGACGGAUGGGAGUAAAGGAAAAGUUAAUGGAGUUGCUGUUGGGUUUGGGGUUGUUUUCGGGUUUGCAUUUCUGGCCGUGAUUGGAUUCCAGGUCUACUCACACCGACGUCGUAAGCAGAGGAAGGCGGAUACGUUGCUGUUGAUCGAGAUGGAGCAGCGGAAGAAGGAUGAUGAGAAAUUGGAGAAGGAUCGGAGGAAGAAGGAUGAGAGUUCUCCUCUCCCGGCUCCACCUUCUGAACCGUACCCGGCGCAUUUGAAUGGUGGGCUUGUGGGUGGUUAUGAACAGGAUUAUUACUCGCAGGGUGGUCAAGGAGGAGGAGGAGGGUAUUACCCAGGUGGUCAAGACCCCUUCCAUAACCCUAAUUACCAACACCACCAAGAAAUGCACAUGCAACAUAUGCAGCACAGUCAGCAUGGCCAGUUUAUGCCCAACCAGUAUUACGAACGAGCGGGUGCAGGAGGAGCUGGCGUCGGUCAUGACCGGAACCCUUUCGAUUACCCUUCUGGAACCCCCGGCAAUAAUCUGAGCAACAACAACAACAACAUCAUCAAUAACAUGUACAGCGCGCCGCCACUUAUCGUCCCAAGCCCCCAGCCGUACGUCCCCGAGGAAAUGGGAUCUUCUGCUUACCACCAUGCUGGCCAUGGUAGUGGUCAGGGAUUGGGAGUAAGGAGUGCGGGCGAUAAGAUGUCGUUUGUCGAUCCCUCUUCUUCUUACCAUUGA